AUGUCGAAAUCUAAAAAUGUACGCGAAGCCUCUCCAGAAAUUGUUGAAGGUAACGAUGACUCUGAAUAUGAAGAAGAAAAUCAUAAUCAAAUGACAACAUUAUCAAUUAUAAAUGAAAAAUUGGAUGUAUUGUUAACAAAAUUUGAUAAAAUGGAAACUUCAAUUAAUACUCUUAAAAAAACUGUUGAUAUAUUAGUAAAUAAACAAACAACAAUCGAUAUAACAGUAUGUGAAUUACAGAAAGACAAUGUUGAUAAAUCAGCCAGCAUUAUUAACACAGAAAAGUGCUGUACAAAAAUUUUAGAAUUAAUUGAAGAAAGAGCUUUAUCGUUUGAAAAUGCCAUUCAACAUGCAUCCGACCAAAUUAAGGAACAACUCGUUGUCCCAUUUUCUGCUGGUACAGAUACACCACACAGUACAAUUAUGGAUAACUCUACAUUAAUGUUAUUAAAGCAAUCGGAGAGCACAACAGUCCCACUAUCAACACCAACUAAAGUCAUAUCAUCUGCAAAUGAAUUAUUGUACUCACAUUAUGAAUUUGAAUCGUCUCCAAGUUGUACUUCGAAACGACCAUAUGAUGUGAAUGUAGAUAGUGAUGAAUCAUUUUUAUCAACUUCAAUUAGAGUGGAAUCUCAAGUAGUGCUCAUUGAUCCUAAUACACAAACAGUAUUUCACGUUAUGAAAGACAAGCAUGAUAGACAACAACUGGCAACCAACCAAGAAUUAUUAAACAAAGAAACUGGAUUCCGUCAUCUUUUGGCCUAUCUUUAUUCGACGUUAUCUAAAGAAGAAGAAUUAAAAAUUUCAUCAGUUGAUGGCAGUGUUCGUGGUACAGAAGCAUUUGAUCCAAUACGAGUAGCUGCCAUUGAUAAACAUUUGUUUGACUUAUAUGGUGCAAGAUAUACAAAAUUUCGUACAAGUAAUCAAUAUAAAGAAAUACUAAAUAAGACAUGCAAUCGAAUAAGAACAAAAUUUAAUAAAAGCAUAAAUAAUAAUUCAAUUUGUGGUAAUAAAUAA